AUGGCAGACCAAUGUCCAGUCGUGGUCCUGUUCGGCUACGAGGCCAGCCCGUUCACGUGGAAGGUCCGACACGUCCUCCGCAUCAAACACAUUCCAUAUACAUUCAUCACAGUCCCGAGCAUGAUGCCCAGGCCACUACUCAAGGACACUUUCGGCCUCACAUAUCGCAAAAUACCUGUACUGGUCAUUGGCAAAGAACUCUACUGCGAUACUGCCAUCAUCAUCGAAGCACUGGAGCAUUUCUUUCCAGAGGAUGAAGGCUACCAAACUGAUGGACGGAAUUACCGAUCUAUGACCCGAGGCUUUGCUUCAUACUGGACGGAUCGACCGCUGUUCCGUGCCACGACUGGACUGAUUCCGGCGAGUGUGUGGCGAACUUCUUUUGGGGAGGACCGGGCUGGUCUGAUAGGACACAAGCUCGAUCCUGAUAAAUUGGAGAAGAAGGUGCCAGAGAACACUUCGAGGCUAGAUAUGCAGCUGUCGUUACUAGAGCCACUAUUUGAUCAGAAUGACACGCCCUGGAUCUUCAGCACAAAUGCACCUUCGCUGGCUGAUAUAUCGCUCUACUAUCAGCUCUCGUGGGGAUUAGGUAUCAGCAAAGGGCACUACAUUGGCGAUUUGACGGCCGGCGGGACGGCCGAUACUGAUGCCCCGGGUGCGGAGAUGGUCUUCAACGGCCAGCGAUAUCCUGGCAUAUACGCUUGGUUCAAGACAUUUGAACGAUAUUUUGAUAACCUGCCGUCAGUCGAGAACAAAGACCCUGACUUCGGCAAAGUGAUCAAGCAGAUCAAAUCCUCCCGAAGCCUUGGUCGAAAAUCGUUGCUGCUUCCGACACCAAGAUCGUCACAUGCUGAGCUUGACAAGAAAUGCGGUCUAGAAGAGGGCGCACUGAUCAGCGUGGCGCCUGAUGAUACUGGUCGCGGAGAUCCUUCCGUCGGUACUUUGGUCGCAUUAUCGCCGGAGGAGAUUGUCGUCAAACCAAGACCACUCGAGAACGCUGCAGAGGUCGAGGUGAAGAUGCAUUUUCCACGGCUGGGCUUUACUAUCAGGCGUGUGGACAAUGCAAAGCUGUAA